AUGGCACGAAUCAGAACAGAACGACCAUAUGAGGACGAGGCUAAUCCAAUUCCUCGUGCUCUUCAGAAGCAUAACCCGAGAAGGGCUGUCUCAUAUUCGAUUCUAUCCCCACCACCGACAUACGAACAAGUCGAGAAGCUGGAUGCGUUGCAUGGCCCUCAGAAUACCUCGGCGACACCACCUCCCCCGCAGACGAGCAUAGUGUACAACCCCGAGACAGCAGUCGGAGGUACUCUAGUCAAUCACAUUUCUCAGAUCAACUGCACAGACCCUUCAGGUCACACACCCAAACGUCAAUUCGGUAAAAUCGGAAUUAUAGCUGGAGUAGUAUUCUUUCCCUGGGGUUUGUUCUGGUAA